AUGUGUGAAGCAGUAUCGACAGUGCAAGACAAUAAAGAAAAUAACAUCAACAAGGCAAAUACUCAACAAGAUUAUCUUGAGAUCUUGAAUGAUACCAAAAAUCCAAGACCAACUGCUUAUUCUCCAAUUACUCAUGAUGCAGACCAAUCGAAUGAGGCGAACACUCAACGAAAUUGUUCGAAGAUCUUGAAUGAUGCCGACAGUCCGAGACCGAAUACUUCUUGUUUACAUGAAGUUCGACCAGAUGAACCGAAUACUGAACAACAACAUUGUGCUGAGAUCUCAAAUGAUAGCGUAAAUCCGACACCGAGUUCUUCAAUUUCUAAUAAUGAAGAGUCAUCUAGGAAUGUCAGUUUCGCAGGCCGAUCAACUACAAGUCUGAUGAGACCUAGAAUAACUGUUUUGAACUCAUCGGAUGAAGAUGGCGACUUCGAUUCUGAUGAUUCGGUAAAAGAUCCGAAUUUCAAUACUUCUUCAUCAUCGUCUUCCUCUUCAUCGAGUUCGUUAUCGUCCACUUCGAGUUCGUCGUCCGAUUCUGAAGAUGAGUCGCAUCAUCCUAUAAAUGGUGAAACGUCCAACCGUGAAACCCCAAUUCCUGAGAAUAAUAUUAACGAAAACCAGGAACGACCAAAAAAAACUCGAAAGCGAUCAGCUGAGCCUCAACAGUGGAAACAAAAUCAAAUUAAGCGUUUAAGAAAUUUAGGAAUGUCCUACAAAACACGCCAUGAUAAAACUAUCCGUGCCAAAGAAUGUCAACCCGCCUGUAAUGACAGAUGCAGACUGAAAUGCAGUUCUUUUAUGACUGAGGAGAAACGGAAAGAGUUAUUAACACACUAUUGGGCUCUGGGUGAUAUUGAGAAACAAAGACUCUUCAUCGACAAGCACAUAAAGAAAAUUACGGUGAAAUACCGAUACACGACGACACCUACAGGAAGGGGCAAUAACCAUGCCUUUUAUUUCGAGAUUGACGGCAAGUUGAGGCGAAUUUGUAAAAAAAUGUUCAGGUCAACGCUAGACAUUAAUGACAGGAUUAUCAGGACUGUUAUUGCUAAAGCUAGGGAGGAAGGUUUCUUAGAAGAAGAUAUGAGAGGUAAACAUCGAAAUCAUAAAGCCGUAGAUACUUCGAUAAAGGAUGGUGUAAGGGAUCAUAUCCAAUCGAUUCCGAGAAUUGAAAGCCAUUAUCUAAGACAGCAAACCAGUCGCGAAUUCAUAAGUGGCGGCAAAACUCUGACUGACUUACAUAAGGACUACAUGCAGCAAUUUCGUGAUGCAAAUCUUCCUUUUGCUAAUCUGGUGAUGUAUUCUCGAAUAUUUAACAGUGAGUUCAAUCUUGGAUUUUUUGUACCCAAAAAAGACCGAUGCGAAUUAUGCGUUGCAUUCGAAAAUGCGACGGGCGAUGAUAAAACUAAGUUAGAAACAAAGUUUGAGCAGCAUCUAAUUGAAAAAAGAUUGUCAAGAGAGGAAAAAGGACAGGAAAAGGAUAAAGUAUCCCAGAACUAUAUCGUAGCCGUUUACGACUUACAAGCAGUGUUACAGGUCCCACGAGGGGAUGUGUCAUUGUUUUAUUAUAAAUCAAAAUUAAAUAAUCUCAACUUGACCAUCACAAAACUGAGGAAACCUGACGAUAAUAAUUCGAAAAAAAGAGGGACUACAAACGAUAGUAAUGAUAGUACUGAUUGUUAUUUUUGGCAUGAAGGUGAGGGCAACAGAGGAUCAGAUGAAAUAGGAAGUUGCUUGUUAGCCUUUAUCGAAAAAGAGACUCAGCGUGAACACACAGAGCCGAUAGAUUUUGUUUAUUUCUCUGACAAAUGCUGUGGUCAAAACAAAAAUAGAUUCAUUGUUGCACUUUACAUGUUUGCAAUAAUGAAAUUUGCCAAUGUAAACUCUAUAACUCAUAAAUUCCUUAUUACUGGCCACACGCAAAACGAGGGAGAUUCUGUGCAUUCUAUAAUAGAAAAACAAAUAAAAAGGUCAUUGAAAUCUGGUCCUAUCUAUGUACCUAACCAAUAUGCUCUGAUAAUUAGGGAUGCCAAAAAGACCGGAAAUCCGCUCAAAGUCCAUGAGCUUUCACAUGAGGACUUCAUUUCUUUGAAAUGUCUUGCUGAUGAUAUUGGUUUGAAGAGCCUGAAAAGGGUUAAAAUAACCGAAAUAAAGGUUUUGCAGUUCUCAAAGGAUAAUCCAACUGUAAUGAAAUACAAGCUCAGCUAUUCGGAUGAAAACAUCUCAGAAGUCAAGCUUAUCACAAGACGAUGUGAUUCACCACAGUUGAAACCAGCUCAUUCCAGCAAACUCAAAAUCAAGGACAAUAAAAAGGCUGAUUUGAUUAGCUUAGUAAAGAGUAAUCAUAUUCCUCAUUGCCACGCUGACUUUUAUUAUAAUUUGUGA